CCCUCUCCUCCCUCCCUCCCUCCCUCCCUCCCUCUGCAGUCUGCUCCCGCACAGCUAGAUUCCUCCUGCGCUGCUACAGAUUGACUAGCACUAGGACUAGGAUUAGGAGUAGGUCAGAUCAGACCGCCGGCUCGCCGGAUUCCUUGGGUUCUCCGCCCGAUUCCCGUUCCGCCCAUCAUCGGCUGUGGCUGGGCUGCGCGCUACGUUAGCUAGGUUCCUUAUUACUUGUUCCUACGAGUCAGAUCGAUCGCCUCGACUGUUGCUUUUCCUCGAUUCCUGCCGCGAUGUCGUCUCCUCGACAGGAAUUCUCGAUGGGAUGGGGGGUUUCAGAUCUCUUCUGCUAGUGCUAGGGCCCUCUUUCCACUCCACCCAUCUCUCCCUUCGUGGAGCGGAGCACUCGCCCUCACCUGCGAUUUCAGCUCUAAUUUCCACCGUACUAGUACCGGUUUCCAUUCUACUGUAGGUAAUAUCAGUUCCAAGGGCACUCAACAUGGCGGCCAAUGUUGGGGAAUCAACAAGCGGCAGCAGCAGUGGCGCUGAUGCUGGGGGUAGCUUUGAGUGCAACAUAUGCUUCGAGCUGCCACAGGAGCCGAUCGUGACGCUGUGCGGGCACCUCUUCUGCUGGCCGUGCCUCUACAAAUGGUUGCGCAUCCACUCGCACUCCCCCGAGUGCCCAGUGUGCAAGGCCAUCGUCGAGGAGGACAAGCUCGUCCCCCUGUACGGCCGUGGCAAGGACCGUGUGGACCCAAGGUCAAAGAACGUCCCCGGGGCGGCAGACAUCCCCAACCGUCCGGCUGGACAGAGGCCUGCCACGGCUCCGCAGGUCGACCCCAACACCCACUUCCCCAACGCCAACCCGAACCCGUGGUUCAUGGGCGGGGGCAUCCCGCUGGCGAACGCGCGGUGGGGGAACUACACCUUCUCGGCGGCAUUCGGGGGCCUGUUCCCGCUGCUCAGCUUCCAGGUGCAUGGGUUCCCGGACGCCACCGCCUAUGGCCAGCCUGCUGGGUUCCCUUACGGAUAUGGCCACGGCCAUGGCCAUGCGUUCCAUGGCGGGCAUGCUGGAGGACAUGCCCACGCCGCCGCAGCUCCUCGGCAUGGGCAGCAGCAGCAGCAGGCGGAUGUGUACCUCAAGGCGCUGCUCAUCCUGGUUGGCUUUCUGGUGAUUGCGAGCCUCAUCACGUUCUAGGCUUUGCCUGCUGGUUGGUUGGUGUCAUAUUGCUGUUGCCUUGCUGGUAAUAAGGAGUAGUAUAAGAGAGACGGAGACAGUUGCAGAUACGCUGCGAUGUAUUGUGUGCAUUUAUCUUGCCCUCUCCAUAUACAACACGACCGAAACUGAAUUAUUCAGAGCGGCGCGUUUACAUGGGGAAGUGUUGAUAGCAGAAUUGUUGUACAUACUGUUUGGAUGUGGUCCUGUGGUCUGUGGAUCACCUACAUGUAUACUGUGGUUUUGAACAUACAUUAUAAUGAAUAAUAAUUUGGAAGAAUCUGUUCGAAUGAGA